CGAGAGAGAGAGAGCUCCCUCCGUUCCCCUUCCACUCGCACGCACGCGCUCCCUCCUCUCCAGCUUCAAAACAAACAAAACGCACUGCCGUUGCAAACCCCCAACGGCUACAAUCCCCGUUCCAUUCGAAUCCUCUCUUCCCUAUUGCCCUUCCUUCCCAUCACCAGAGCUCGCACUGCCCUCUCCCUAGUCUCCUCUCCCACGCAAAUCCAUACAUCGCAUACUUUUGCCAGCCCUCGUUUCCAGAUCCGGCGGUCCAGCCCGAAUCCCGGCUUCUCGAAACCCUAAUCUAGCUCCCGGACACCGGUCGAUGGCGCCGCUGCCAACGCCCUCUCCCCGGCCAGGGCCGCCGCCGACGGGGAUGACGACCCCGCUCAGGACGCCCACCUCCAAGCACCGCCUCCACUUCACCCCGCGGAGCGCACACCACGGCGGCGGCGGGGCCGCGGGCGCCGCCACGGAGCACCCGGUCGAGGUCAUCGGCCGCGUCCGGAACCUCACGGCGGCCGCGGCCGGCGCGUCGGCGCUGGAGGUCGCGGGCGGCGGGACGGCCGUGCGCGUGCGCGGGGACGCCGGCGGCUGCCGCGACUUCACCCUCGACGGCGUGUCGGUCUCGGAGGAGGAGGACCUGGAGGGGUUCUACCGCCGGUUCGUGCGCUCCAGGAUCGAGGGGGUGCGGGUCGGCGCCAAGUGCACCGUCAUGGUCUACGGGCCCACGGGCUCCGGGAAGAGCCACACCAUGUUCGGCUGCGCCAAGCAGCCCGGGAUCGUGUACCGGGCGCUCAGGGACAUACUGGAAGGAGGAGGCGGUGGUAGUAGCAGUAGUGAAGGUGAGAGCCGCGGCGAGGAGGAUGCUGGGUUCGGCAUGGGGUUGUUUGUGCAGGUCGCCGUGCUUGAGAUCUAUAACGAGGAGAUCUACGAUUUGCUAGUAGGGAGCGGCGCAAAUGCUAAAGGGAACGCCCCCAAGGUGAGGCUAGAAGUAAUGGGGAAGAAAGCCAAGAAUGCAACCUACAUAUCUGGAAAUGAAGCCGGAAAGAUAUCAAGGGAAGUUGCCAAAGUGGAGAAGCGCCGUACUGUCAAGAGCACACUUUGUAAUGAGAGAAGUUCGCGAAGUCACUGCAUGAUAAUAUUGGAUGUCCCGUCGGUGGGAGGAAGGCUGAUGCUGGUCGAUAUGGCUGGUUCUGAGAACAUUGAAGCCGCAGGCCAAACUGGAUUUGAAGCCAAAAUGCAGACAGCAAAGAUCAACCAAGGGAACACAGCCUUGAAACGAGUUGUUGAGUCUAUAGCCAAUGGUGAUUCUCACGUCCCAUUUCGAGACAGCAAGCUCACAAUGCUGUUACAGGAUUCAUUUGAGGAUGACAAAUCAAAGAUUCUGAUGAUUCUGUGUGCGAGUCCUGACCCAAAGGAAUUGCACAAGACAGUUUCUACCUUGGAAUACGGCGCUAAAGCAAAAUGCAUUAUCCGUGCUGCUCAUGCGUCAACACCAAGGGACAAAAUGAGCUCUGAGGAGUCAUCUUCAAUGCUCAAUUCAAGGAUUGUUGCAAUGAAUCAGUUCAUAUACAAGCUCCAGAAGGAGAAUAAGCAAAGAGAGAAAGAGCGUAACGAGGCCCAGAAUAUUCUUCGGCUAAAGGAGGAGGAGCUAGCACAAGCGAGGGCGAAGCUCAGGCUGAUAGAAGGGCAGGGUGCAGCUGCAAAGGAGGAAGAGAUCAACUCAAAGGUCAUUGAGAAGACCCAGAUCCUGAAGAGUGAACUCCGGAUGAUGGAAGAGAAAAUGCUUAGGCAGCAGCAAGAGCUCCUUGCUUUGAAGCAACGGCUACAGGAGGUAGAACGAGAAAAGGUGGACGCUCGUCAGCCUGUACAACAGGAUAUCAUUGGAGGCAGAUUGUUGGCACGAUUAUCAGAGAUGUCUGCAGGAGUAGAUCCAUCCAUGUCGAUGGCGAUGUCUAUGUCCAUGGAUUUGGACACGGGAGAUCAGCCGACUGUUUUAGAUGUGAAGGUGAUAAAGGAGGAUACUCGCCAGCAGGGCCAGGUAUGGAAUCACUCAUCCACAGCAGGCUCUUGCACCACUGCCCUGGAGCAAGAAGAUAUUGUCAGACUGUCCGGAUUUCCAGAAAAGGCAGUCCUGAGCACUGUUUUCGAGGAGGGAGAUGAAGAAGGUGAAGAGAAGGACAACGGUGCUGAAGCAGAAGUGUGCAAGGAAGUUGUGGAAGAGGAGAGCUAUAAAGUGGACAGAAUGGAGCAACCGCUCGCGGAACCAGAUAGGACUAAUCGUAUUCAGAACAUCUUUAGGCUCUGUGGGAACUACCGUGAACUGGUCAAGAAGCCUAAUGUCGAGUCGCCAGCAAAUCAGCAAGUGUUUGGAGAUGAGAACAAGCAGCUGGGAAAGCAAUUCCUGGGCGAUGAAAACAAUCAGCCAGAAAAGCAAUUGUUCGCCGACGAGAACAAAGACCCGUCAGCAUGGGCAGCCAUAGAAACCCCCAUGUGCGACGUCAAAGUGACAGAUAGCCCAGUUUCAUCACAACUCUCCCCGAUUGUUUGCCAAGUCGUGGAUGAGGCCAAGUUGACAGUACCGGAGGAGCUCAAAUCAUGCACCACACCUGAAGCAACUGACCAGGGCAAGCCAAAGGAGCAAGAGGGCUUGCUGGAAGUCUAUAUCAAAUGGGAGUCCGGGAAUUUGAUCAAAGGGCUGAAACUACUGCAGAAUGCUUGCCUUUCAGAUCUGAGGAAGCUCAUAGAGGCUCACUUCGAAGAAGCCGGCAGCAAGCUGCAACCCCACCAAUUCACAUUCCUUCUCCUCGGGGAUCCUUCUGGUGCUCCAGUGUCGAGAGAGAAGGAGGCGACGAUACAGAUAAGCAAGCUGCCCAACUGGAACAACCAGCCCAGCAGCUACCUUGCCUGCCUGCGCGCCGUGAAGAAGCCAGCGACAGAUCAGCUCCAUCAGAUACCGUUCAGCCCACUGGAGAGCAAGCUGAACUCGACCUUGAAUGCCACCGGUGCCCUCUCACCGAAGGUGGUCGCCCAGAUGAGCCCCAACUACAUCCGGGAGCUCAGAGCUUGAGCAGAUUGCUUGCCACAUUCUUUUGUUGGUUGGUUGUCGUCAGUCAUCUCAUCCAUGACAACGAUGUAUCGAUCUCCUAUCUGUUCUAUGGUCUAUGUAAAAUUACUAGCUGGUCCAGUGUGCGACUCGUGAUGUAACCAUGUUACAUCAGAGGGCACACGCUGUCGUGUAUCUGUGCUUGGCUGAGCAAGAUUAUUAUGAUGCAUCACCGUCUAGUGGAAGUGUAUGCUAUAUUCAUUAUGAUUAUUAUGAUGCUUCAUCAUCGCAUGCACAAUUCUGAGCAAUUUUUAUUUUGCACCAGAGAUUGCAGGAUGCUGCUAAGGUGAUUUCUUUCGUUAGUUCUAGUAAUACAAUUUGAAUAAAUAUGAAAA